AUGGGGUCCUCAAAACAAUCCAGCGACACUAUUGUUCAAGAUCCUCCUCAAAGAAACCCGGAAAUUCGGUCAGAACCAGCUGUCAUCAAAGAAAUGGACAUCACAUCGUCACUUGAAAACCUUCAGACGGAUGAACAGCGACGGGUCCUUGAUACCGUAGCUCAGGUCCGCAAAUGUGGCCUCGAGAGUAUCUUGUCUCUUCCGCAGCUCGUCGUUUGUGGGGACCAGUCGGCAGGCAAAAGCUCUGUGCUCGAAGCUCUUACAGAGAUCCCAUUCCCUAGGAACGACAACCUAUGUACCAGGUUUGCAACAGAGAUCGUUCUACGACGCGCGCAUACCAACUUGCUGACCAUCAAGAUAAUUCCGGAUCCCAAACGAGCUGCUGUCGAGCAGACACCCUUCAAAGCCUUCAGGCAAUCCAUCACCAACUUCGAUGAACUUCCUCGAAUAAUGGACGCUGCGAUGGACUUAAUGGAUAUCGGUGCUGGUGCUUCAGGGCCCAAAUCCAAAGCUUUCGCGAGGGAUGUCCUCAGUAUCGAGAUUGAAGGUCCAUCAAGACCGCAACUUACAUUGGUCGAUAUUCCUGGAUUGAUUCAGACCGAUACGAAGGGCAUCACUAAGGCUGAUGUUGAGCUUGUGGGGGAGAUCACGGAUCAGUACAUCAAGCAACCUCGCACAAUCUGCUUGGCUGUCGUCUCUGCGGCCAGUGACCCCGCUAAUCAGAGCAUUCUCACGAAAGUACGUAAGGUUGACCCUGACGGAGAUCGUACUCUUGGGAUCAUUACCAAGCCCGACAGGCUUCCAUCAGGCUCUGGGAGUGAGGCUGCAUACAUAGAACUGGCCAAGAACAAUGAUAUCUUCUUCAAAUUAGGUUGGCACGUGCUCAAGAAUCGCACGUUCGAAGAACGAGAUUCCAAUCUCAUGGAGCGCAACAUGGCUGAGGCAACGUACUUCCGCACCUCCAAUUUCAAGGUUCUACCAGAGCAUUGCGUGGGCGUCGAUAAACUGAGGAAUCGUCUGAGCGUCCUACUCUUUGAGCACGUCAAGCAAGAAUUGCCAAAGCUCCGGAGCGAUCUGGAGGAAGCGCUGCUCGACGCAAAGACACAGCUUCAAGUAAUGGGGAGUAACCGAACAACGGCUGCAGAUUGCAAGGCCUACUUGGUGCAGCUCAGUCUCGAUUUCUACGAGGUCUGCAAGGCGGCUGUUGAUGGGCACUAUGAAGGAGGGUAUUUCAUUUCUGACGCCGAUCCCGCCUUCUCGCUCACGUCUUCAGCAACAAUUCGCAGAAUCCGUGCCGUCGUGCAAUACAUGAACACCGAGUUCUCCGAUAACAUGCGCGCCAAUGGACACAAGUACCAGAUCGACAUGUCUGACGGAACGAAUGUCGACUCUCUGUUCCGCCCUCUGCUAGAUACGGUACUAAAUGGAUUUGGCUGGCUUCCUAGGUCCGUGUCACCUGCCAAAAUGGACCGUAAAAAGGCCUUUGCAUGGGUUCAUCUGGUGCUUGUUCGUACCCGAGGAAGGGAAUUAGUAGGCAACUUCAACCCGCUCCUUGUGGGCGAGCUCUUUUGGGAGCAGAGUGCACACUGGAAACGCCUGGCCGUAGAGUAUCUGGACCAGGUGGCCGACGUCUGCCGACGCUUCCUUGAAAUCCUGCUCCACGACAAAUGCCCAAAGGACGUAAUCUCCCGUCUUCACACAUCGAUUUUCCUAGAGGCACUCAAGGCUAGAUACCAGGACGCCAUGGAAGAGCUCGAACGCUUGAUCGAGGAUACCAAAAGUUAUCCGAUCAACUACAAUCACUAUUACACAGACACCAUCCAACAGCGCCGCGAAGAGAGACGCAAAGCUACCGAAGCCACUAAGCCAAAGAUGGAGGGCGCAGCGGCCGCUGAAGGCUCCUCUUCCGAAGUUCAGCCCACUCAGGCUCCUACAAGCACCGAUGCCGAUCAAGCCAUAGAAAACUACUCUCGCCGCAUCGACCCGAACAUGGAGAACGUCAGCUGCGAAGAAGCUCUCGAUUGCCUGCUCGCCAUCUACGAGGUAUCGCAGAAGACCUUCGUGGCAAACGUCACAACGCAAGUGGUAGAGCGCCACAUCAUCCGUGGCCUGGAGAAAAUAUUCUCUCCUGUCGCCGUGAACGGCUUGACCGACCCAGAAGUCGAGGCCAUCGCCUCGGAGCCCGCCAGCGCGAAGCGCCAGAGACAAUUCUUGGAGGAUCGCAUUGCGAAAUUGAAGGAUGGACAGAGCAUCUUCCGUAGUGUCAUGGGUAGUGCUGCGAUGUAG